AUGGAGCCUUUAUCUGCUAUAGCGCUUGCAGGAAAUGUUCUUCAGUUCAUUGAGUUUACAAGUAAAUUACUUUCUACCAGUGCCGAGGUUUAUAAGUCUACCACGGGUACUUCGAAUUCCAACCCAACCUUAGAGGGAAUAUGUAAACAGCUCUCUGAUUUGAGUUGUCGUCUGCGCGCCGAUGGCCUCCAAAAUUCAGACAGACCAGAAGAUGUCUCAUCUCAUCUUCGAGAGAUAAAACUUCUACUUCAUAAUUCAAAGCUUCCUAAAUCCGACUACAUAUUCUCGGCUGCCGAAAUUGAUGACUUAACGGCCAAAGUAUCUCACAUAUCCAUGGUGGAGCGUAAUUUUGUGAAGGAGCAGAUGAUUCUAAGUAGCCUAGAUUAUUGGUCCAGAUCAGCAAGACACGAGAACAUCACCGAAGCUCAUAAACGUACUUUCAGUUGGAUAUUCGAAACAUCUGACCAAGAGGCAACAGAUGGCCAAAAGUUUUUUACAUGGCUCCGCAGUUCCGAUGGUGUCUUUUGGAUAUCAGGCAAGCCGGGCAGUGGAAAGUCGACACUGAUGAAGUUUCUGGUAGAUCAUGCAAAGACAAAAGAGGCUGCAAAGCUUUGGGCAGCCCCUGAAAAAGUUAUCGUUGCUAGCCACUUCUUUUGGUCUGCGGGCAUCUCUAUGCAGAAAUCGGCCAAAGGCCUAUUCCAGUCUCUUCUCUACGAUAUUUUCAGACAGUGUCCGGAGCUGAUUGCUGAAGUUUGCCCAUCUCGAUGGGAAGUUGCUUACUUACCCGACGCGGCUGGACAGGAUUGGAAGUUUAAGGAAUUUGUUGAAUGCCUACAGGCAAUCAAUGCGAACAAUACAUCAACUGUUCGGUUUUGCUUCUUUGUUGAUGGACUGGACGAAUUCGAUGGGGAUUACACCGAGAUCUCCCAAACUCUUACAGAAAUCGCAAAUUCAUCGAGGAUUAGGCUCUGUGUCGCUAGUCGACCCUUAAAUGAAUUCCUAGAUCAGUUCGGCACUACAAAAUAUUCUGUUCUUUCCAUACAUGAGUUGACUAGAGAUGAUAUUGUGAGCUAUGCUCAAAGUCGCUUGGUGACUCAUCCUCGAUGGUCAGCCCUGGGUCUAGAUGUACAAACAGCCCAGUCGUUCCUCAAAAGAUUGCCGAUACUGCUAGAGGUGUAUUCCUAUAGGUUACUUUGGUUACCCAAUCGCUUCGGAAUGGCCUAACAAACUACGAUACGAUGGAAGAUUUAAACGCUAGGCUCGACACUCUACCUAAAAGUCUUGAAGCGUUUUACAGGCAAAUGCUGGACUCCGUGGAUCCAAUAUACCAUCGCAAGUCGGCUCGCUUGUUGCAAAUGCAAGUGCAAGU